AUGUCUACAUCUACAGACAGCAACUGUCAAAACCCCACCGUGCCGUUGGUAGCCUCCUUGGCACAAGUUGUGUGUGACAAGACGUCUGGGCAAAGCCAUUGGUGCGAUAAGGAGGGCACGCCAGAAGGUGUAGAGCAGGCGAAAGUGCAUCAAAAAUCUAUGCGGGCCCCGCGUGUGGCAUUACCACGUGAAGCCUGUCAUCCCUUUUUUUAUAAUUAUGAGGUGUCAGACUCUCUGCUGCAGUGGCUGAAAGUCUUUAUUGUCGGUCUGUUGCUUCUACCCACGCGUGUAUUGUAUGCACUGCUGCUUCUGGCACUGGCGUCGCUUUUUGCGGUACUCACUAGCAUCCUCGGGGAGGGGAGCAGUGGAGGUGAGGAACUCCAGCAGAAAAAAGAAGAAGAACAAAGAGGAUGUGUACAGGCACCGAGGCGCAGUCGACGACGCUUGUCACGUGCAGUGAUGCGGUGGCUUACGUUAUCUCUCGGCUACUGGCGUAUCCAUCGUCAAAAGGUCUUUAAUUACGGCCGUCACGCAGACGGCUCUUACGCGGAGGCGCCUGUCAUUGUGGCGAAUCACUGUACGUUGCAGGAUGGUCUUUUGCUACUUGGCGAGCAUAACGUGUCGCUUGUCGCGGGGCCGUCGGAAGCCGGAUGGAUGCGUGUAGUUGCAUGGGGCGAGCACUGCAUUGAGAGUCAUGAAGUAAAGUCGAGGCUGAUGUUUUGGAAGCAGCAGAAGCACGGUGCAACGAGGAAUGACUGUCAUUGGCCGCUUCUUGUGUUUCCCGAAACAUGUUAUACAAACUCACGGGCACUCAUUCAGUUUCAGACGGACGUAUUUGCCGCGGGCCUCCCGGUGCAGCCGCUCCUUGUGCAACACAUGUACACACAUUUUGACCCGUCCUGGUGCUGCGCGAUGCUGCCACUGACGGGGAUGCUGCUCCGCACCAUGUGUCAAGUGUACAACACGGUGGAAUUAACGUAUCUUCCCGUCUACGACCCAUCACCCGAGGAACAGGAAGACGCCACGCUUUACGCGGAAAAUGUGCGACGUGUCAUGGCGCAUGCCAUGAAGGUGCCUGCAACGCAACAUAACAAAACGGACGUGAGGCUCAUACUUCUGGCACAUAGGCUGAAGUUACCCGUUGAGGCGGUUAACAUGGAAGUGGGACACCCACAUUUUAUGGGAAUGCCGUAUGAGCGGAUGGAGCACAUGCUGUGUCGCUUUGCAGCGGCCCUGCGGUCUCGUAAGGUUAAUUCUAUUGGCCCUAAAAUAUAUCUACAGUGGCGAUAUCGCUUUUGCGUGCCAGAGGGCUUUAUGACUUCGUCGGAGCUGGGCAAUUUUCUGAUGCCGUUUGGAGAUUAUCCACUUCUCCUCGAUCGCCUGUUGAAUCAUCUCUCCCGACAUGCCGCUGUUCGAGGCAUUUUUAUUGCCUUUCGUGACUUCCUCUCCGCCAUGUACACCGAGCCUUUCCCAUUGCGAAAGGAAUCGCCUGGGACUCUCCAGACCGGGAGGGAAGUCUACAUGGACGAGGUGGAAGAGGAGGUGGCCGUGACGUUUGUACUGCGACGCACAUUCGUGUUGUUGUUGCUGGCAGCAGACACGCUAUUCACACAAAAGAAGGAGAUGUCAAUAGACACGAACAGGAAUUGUGAGCCAUCACCAUCAUCGUUGGUUCUUUCCUCCUCUUCCUCUUCCUCUUCCUCUACCUGCGUGGACGGUGUGGAGAAGGGACGGACGUCAACGUUCAUUUACGGCCAUGAGGUACGCCAUCCCACUCGAAGGCCAAAAACCGAUGGGUUGUACUCGAUACUUACAGCGACGGCGGAGGACACGAUGGACAGCGUCUUGUGUGAUCGGCAUUUGGACCGCGACAUGUUCGACGUGUUGUGCGAUAUUCUUUUUAUUCCUCAUCGCACGACGAUGUGGCGCGGUGCGACCGCCAAGUCCUCUGCCCAAAUAGCAGAAGAAGAUGCGCUCUUUGCAUACAUACGCGGCGGUGCGAACCCGGGAGUGGUGAAAACGACAGACAUGUCGUUUACAGGAGAGGACAAUACCAAGUCUUACAUAACACUGCAUGCGUUUUUGCGCUUUGGUCGCAAGCACCGUGCCACUGCGGAGUAUUUUCACGCCUGCUGCGAGCACUUCCUUCUUGGCGAUGACUUGGCGUAG